AUGUGGACAUCUGGCUACCUCGAUCCGCGCCUCUCCUCUUUGCUCUCCAAGUAUGGAGAAAAACGGUCUCCCUCUCCUUUUCCUGCUGUUCACGAUGCAGAAUCCACGCGCGCGCCGAGCAGUUCCACAAACUCCGGCGACGCGGGUUCUCCCCUGUCGCCGCGAACGCGCGAAAGUGAACAGGGGAAGAAGCAAACGGCGAGGCCCGAGACGGGACGACACCCACCCGGCCGCGCACCUUUCCGCAUUCUGAUUCUGUUUGGGUCUUCGGGAGGCACAUCUGCCGCCAUCGCUUUCUCGCUUUUCCACUCUUUGCGUCAGCAGCUUUCCAGCGGAGAUGGCGCAUGCACGCCGAGAUCAGGCUCCGUGUCUCGGGGGAACCACGGUCGAGAGGGAAGUUCCCAGGAGAGAGAGAAGAACUCGCAACCCAUCACGAUCUGCCGUACCGGCGACGGCGACUCGCAUCCGGAAAAAGAGGAAAGGGAGAGGUCUGACGCGGAACCCCUUCGCGAUGCUGCCGUUUCUUCUUCGUCGUCAGCGAGUGUCUUUUCGUUAUCGAAAAAAAAGGAAAGGAAGAUCGCGACGUCGGCGUCUGGUGGCUUCAGCGAGGGCAGUCGGGCUGCGGAGACUGCGCUGGAAAAAGCACGGAACUUCAUGAACGAGGCACGGAACGCAUCGCCUUCUUCAUUUGACCCGAGCAGCCGAAAGCUCUGGUUCCUUGACCGCGCAUGUGCAGGCGGCGUUGAGCUUCUCGUUCAGUCGAUGGAAUUCUUUUCUUUCGACGACCUCGUUGCCUUGCUCGAGGAAUCACCCUCCGUUCACGACGCGUCUUCAAACGCGUCUUCGCCGCAAACACGCCCAUCGCCUGGCGCUUCCGCGCCUUGUCCUUGUCCGGCCGUCGCCUCUUCUUCUCGGUCGGACGCGUCCGAAGCUUCUGCCUCUUCGCUUUCUGCUUCCUCGUUGUCUUCCCCGUCUUCGUCGUCGGCGCGUCUUCUGCUUCUCUUUUGUCUCUCGACGGCUUCUCAAGGCACGCCUCCGUCUGCGGCUGCAGCGUUUUGUGCGGACGCAGAAGACGCGCGGAAGGACUUCCGCAUUGGAAAGAACAUUUUGUCUACAUGCCUCGUUGCCGGGAUUGGCUGUGGCAGCACGGAGUAUCCUGCGUCGACGUUCUGUCGUCCCGCCAAACACCUCUUCAAAACCCUCACGGGGCAUCUGGAAGCGCUCCCUCUGCUUCUUCUCCCGUGUUCCUCAGACGUGCCUUCGCCGCUCUCGGCUUCAUCCCUCGCGUCGUCGGCCUCUGCGCCUCCUCGGGUCUCUGCUGCGACCGCGUCUUCCCUUCUUCUGCUCUCUGACACACACACGGACCGAUCGCUCGAAACGAAAGUGAAGAAAUGGGAAACGGAGGCCGUGCGGCGACUCGUCGACUUCCUGCGCGCCUCUCCAAACGAGCGAGAAAUUUGGAUGAGCCUGGCGAAAGACCGGAAAAGCCGGGAGCGGAAGACUCUCUCUGGCGGGUCUCGAGAAGCCGGGACAACGGCGCGCCGCGGGAAGGAGACGUCAACAAAAGUUGAGAUAAAUGGAGAUCCACAAGGCGAACGUGUGACAGCCGACGAGCAGAGCGCUCACGGAGCGACUGGAAGAGACGCAAAAGGUGAAUCUGAGACCGAGGGCGAGGCGUCUUCUGUUGACGCGUUUUCGUCUGCAGUGAGUUCGGGAGAGGAGAGCGAUCUCGAUGAGACUUCGUCGAUCUUCUCGUCAGAGGACGACGAGGCAGAGGGAAGGACGGAGCGGCUCGCGACUUCGGUCUCAGGGACGGACACGGGCGGAGGGCCCUGCGGAAACGCAGAGGGAAACCACGACCUGGAAGACGUCGUCGGAGCCGGCGAAGACAACGCCCGCAGUGGCGACAGGCGCCGCCAGCGAGAACGGGAGACGCAGAGCCUCCGCAGCUGCGUGGGAGGCGACGGCGAAGCUGCCGGUGAGGCGCGACGCCGAAGGAAAACGAUGUUGUCUGAGAAACAGGCGACGCAACUGAAGAAAGAAGGCUACAAGCUGGUGGGGUCUCACUCCGCCGUGAAGCUCUGCCGAUGGACAAAGUCGCAGCUGCGCGGCCGCGGCGGAUGCUACAAGCACACGUUCUACGGCAUCACCUCGUCGCAGUGCAUGGAGCUGACGCCUUCUCUGGCCUGCGCAAACAAGUGCGUCUUUUGCUGGCGACACCACAAAAACCCCGUCGGGACUUCCUGGCGAUGGCAGAUGGACAGCCCAGACUUCGUCGUCGAGCAGGGACUCAAGAACCACUUUGCCGCCGUCAAGGAACUGAAAGGCAUGGCAGAAGUGAACGAGGCGCGUCUCGCGUCGGCCCGCGCCGAAGUCCGUCACUGUGCCUUGUCGCUCGUCGGAGAGCCGAUCAUGUACCCGCGAAUUGACGAGCUCGUGAAGCUUCUCCAUCAGCAACACAUUUCCACAUUUCUUGUGACAAAUGCGCAAUUUCCCGAUGCUCUGCGCAACUUGCCGCCAGUCACGCAGCUGUACGUGUCGGUCGACGCCGCAAACCCCAAAGACCUCAAAGCACUCGACCAACCGCUGUUUGCCGACUACUGGGAGCGUUUCGUCGCUUGCCUCGAGCUGUUGAAAGAGAAGCGCCAGCGAACAGUGUAUCGCCUGACCCUCGUCGCUGGCUACAACAUGGACAAUCCUUCGGGUUCUACACCCGACAAACCCGACACUGGCGAGAAUCCAGAAACCCGCUCGACGCCAGCGUCGCCCCCGGAGAGUCCGCAAAAUGAGGCCAAAGACAGGUGCUGUCGAGCCGUUGCCUCUGGAGACACAGAAACGGGACAUGCCUGUGGCUGCCGCUCGCCGUCGAUGCUCGACGGAGACAGGGCGCGAGAGGAGACACGCACGAGGGGUCUUGGGAGGCGAGGAGAGAAGGCGACGCAAGGAAGGGCAGAAAGCAGGGAAGGACAGUCUCUCACAGAUCGAUCGGCAGCCGCGUAUGCGAAGUUGGUUCUUCGAGGAUCGCCGGAUCUCAUUGAAGUCAAAGCGGUAACCUAUUCGGGGACGUCGAAGCAUUCCAAAUUAACCAUGAAGAAUAUCCCGUGGCAUGACCAGGCUCUCUGCGACGCCCUGCCUGCGGGGCAGUAUGCGAUUGCAUGCGAGCAUCGGCACUCGUGCUGCGUCCUCAUCGCCAAAACCUCCUAUCGACGGGACGGCGUGUGGCACACGUGGAUCGACUACGAUAGAUUUCACCAACUUGCCACCAGCGGCAACACAGCCUUCACCGGAUUUGACUACUGUGCCCCGACGCCGUCGUGGGCUGUGUACGGAAGUGCCGAAGCAGGUUUCAGCCCGUUCGAGAAACGGGUCUUCUCUAAGGGGAAACAGAAGCGUCUGCUCCGCGACAAGGACCGAAGCGGACCGGAUGCAGAUGCACCAAAUGGGGGAAACUGA